GGCGGCAGCGGCAGCUGCAGGCGCCGCCAGGACGGGCACGGGCGCGCGGGCUCGGGCGGGCGCCUGCUGCCUCCCUCCGCCGCUCGCUCGCUCUCCCUCCCGCUUUCUCGCGCGCUAAGGGGCCGGGCUCGCCCCAGCGCUCCCAGGAAGGUGGAAGAGGAGCCGAGGACGCCGAAGAGUUCCCGCAGCAGCCGCGGAUCCCGGCCGAGGCAGAGGUUGCGGCUCCGACGGGGCAGGAGCGCGCUCCGCGGUAGGGCGCACGACCACAGUGUCCGCGGCGGGGGGCGCUCCGACCUUCCGCGGGGUCGCGGGCCAGGACCCCAUGAGACGCGCCCGCGAGGGGAGCGAGAUCCGAAGCCCGGGCGGCGCGCGGCGGAGGCGGAGGGCGGUGCUGCAGCUGCGGGAGUCCGAGAGCGGCCGGCAGGAGGCGGCGGCGGCAAGAACUUGAACUUGGCGUCGGGAGCGGGCGUCCCCGACGCCCCCCUACGGGGCCGGGGCGCCGAGAGACCUGGGAGGCAGCGCUGUCCCCCGAAUGGCCGCGGCGGCGGACCGGGCUCCCGCGCCGCGGCCCUAGGCGGCCUCUCGCCAUGGCCAAGUGGCUGAACAAGUACUUCAGCUUGGGCAACAGCAAGACGAAGAGCCCCCCGCAGCCGCCGCGGCCCGACUACCGCGAGCAGCGGCGCCGGGGUGAUCGGCCCUCGCAGCCCCCCCAGGCCGUGCCUCAGGCCGCCUCGGCAUCGUGCGGUCCGGCCGCCGGCUCCUGCUUCUCGGCCUCGUCGGGCUCCCUGCCCGACGACAGCGGCAGCACGAGCGACCUCAUCCGCGCCUACCGCGCGCAGAAGGAGCGCGACUUCGAGGACCCCUACAACGGGCCCGGCUCGUCGCUGCGCAAACUGCGCGCCAUGUGCCGCCUGGACUACUGCGGCGGUGGCGGGGAGCCGGGCGGGGGCCAGCGCGCCUUCUCCGCCUCGUCUGCGUCGGGCGCUGCGGGCUGCUGCUGCGCCUCCUCGGGCGCGGGCGCCGCCGCUUCCUCGUCGUCGUCCUCCGGCUCCCCGCACCUCUACCGCAGCAGCAGCGAGCGGCGGCCCGCCACGCCGGCCGAGGUGCGCUACAUCUCCCCCAAGCACCGCCUCAUCAAAGUGGAGAGUGCCGCCGCCGGCGGGGCCGGGGACCACCCGGGGGGCGCCUGCUCGAGCGGCCGCACCUGGAGCCCGACGGCCGGCGGAGGCAAGAAACUGCUCAACAAGUGCGCCGCCCCGGCUGCGGAGGAGAGCGGGGCCGGCAAGAAGGACAAGGUGACCAUAGCUGAUGACUACUCGGAUCCCUUUGAUGCCAAGAAUGAUCUCAAGAACAAAGCAGGAAAGGGGGAGAGCGCUGGCUACAUGGAGCCCUACGAGGCCCAGAGGAUCAUGACAGAGUUUCAGAGACAGGAGAGCAUCCGGUCCCAGCACAAAGGCAUCCAGUUAUAUGACACCCCUUACGAACCCGAAGGCCAAAGCAUUGAUUCGGACUCAGAGAACACAGUCAGCCCCCGACUGCGGGAGAGCAAGCUGCCCCAGGAUGACGACAGGCCUGCGGAUGAGUACGACCAGCCAUGGGAAUGGAACCGGGUCACCAUCCCAGCCCUGGCAGCCCAGUUUAACGGCAGCGAGAAGCGGCAGUCAUCCCCCUCGCCUUCACGGGACCGGCGGCGCCAGCUUCGUGCUCCCGGAGGGGGCUUCAAGCCCAUCAAACAUGGGAGCCCCGAAUUCUGUGGGAUCCUGGGAGAAAGAGUGGACCCUGCCGUCCCGCUGGAGAAGCAAAUAUGGUAUCAUGGAGCCAUCAGCAGAGGAGACGCCGAGAACCUGCUGCGACUCUGCAAGGAGUGUAGCUACCUUGUCCGGAACAGCCAGACCAGCAAGCAUGACUACUCCCUCUCCCUGAAGAGCAACCAGGGUUUUAUGCACAUGAAACUGGCCAAAACCAAAGAGAAAUACAUUCUGGGUCAGAACAGUCCCCCGUUCGACAGUGUCCCGGAAGUCAUCCACUACUACACCACCAGAAAGCUACCCAUCAAAGGGGCCGAGCACUUGUCCCUCCUCUACCCUGUGGCUGUGCGGACCCUGUGAGCGGACCAGCCCUGCCCUGCUCUGUGACAGAGCCCAAGACUCGGAGGAGCCGAGGCACCCACCGACCAGCCCGGCCACUGCUGCCAGUCAUGUCCAGUUUGUGUCGUGUGUAUGGUACUAGCACACCACUGCAUGUCUCUAGAAUGCUGUUGCCCCUUCUGGGGGCUGGAAAGGCCUGGAUAAAGACCAAGGGAGGCCCACGCACCACCCCAGCCCCCACCCCAAACCCCUCCUUGAGUUUCUGUGAGUUAAAAUAUUUGCAAAUCCAAGAGAUGCCUUCCAGGAUGAACAAAGGCACUGCAGCUCCGAGGGUGGGGCAGGAGCUCCCUGGGUUGCAUCUCUUUGUUCUCCAGCUGUCACGAAUUCACACCUGUGUAGGGGCAGAGUUUUCCCACGGGCCCCACUGGGGCUGGGAGCCAAAUGCUGGCACUUCAAGAGCCCAGGAGGCCCCAGGGUCCCGCCCUCACCCUGGUGUGAGACUGUGUGUGUGUGCGUGUGUGUGCGUGUGUGUGCGUGUGUGUGUGUGUGUGUGAGCACAUACAGGAGAGAACAUGGUCACACACCAAUGAGUAAACCCACUAAUCUACUUUUAGUCACUCAGUGUAAUCAUUAGAUCGUCAAGGAAUCAUUGUGCUGUCAAAAAGGAUUCAAUUAUUUAUGAAUAGGGUGUGUAAAUAAAA